CAAGUUUGCCGUAAACCGUCGCCGCAUUCAACUGUUUUCCGAACGCCAGUCUCUCCCGAAACGUGUAGAAGCGCAGUUCUUCUGUCCACGGCCACCACAUACACGUGACUUUUGCGUCUUUGAUCGCGUUCCGACGAGUGAUUCAAAAAAAAAAAUUUGAUAGAGUUUUGUUUUUUGGGGUUUUUAUUUUUCGUGGAAAUAUGUACAAGGUGUUUUUGCAGUUGAAAAGCAGUUUUGCGCUUUUUUCAGCACUAUUUAUUACAUUCAUAACUUUUGUCAAAGUGAAAGGAGAGGGAUGCGGACAGGAAGAACUGAUGAAGUGCGCUAAACCUUUAUCGGUUCUGGAUUCUGGAUUAACGAAUAUUGUGAGCAGCAAAGCCGAUUUGAACAAAAUAUGCCCGGACCUGAAAGGAGCAAUUCGGUGUAUACACAACCACGCACGACACUGCAUGACGCCCAACCAUACCAGACAUUUUAAAACUUUAUUCCAUGGAACCAACGUUGUUGUGCAUGAUUUGUGCAAAAAUGGUUCCUACCAAGAAGAAUAUUUGAAGCACGUCCCCUGCAUGAAGAAAGUAGAGCCGGAAAACGAAGUGUGCUUCAAGAGAUACAGGAAAGCAAUGGAGAACAUUCAGGCCAACUCGCCUUCGAUUGAAGCUGCAGCAGAUAUAAACGAUUUGGUGUCGUAUCAAAAAAGAAAAAGGGAGGCUGCAGAUGAAGGCAUCAAAAACGUCUGCUGCUCGUUUCAAGAAUACGUGGAAUGUUCCACGCAUUCAACGAAGAGGAAAUGCGGGGACGAGGCAGCCCAGUUCAGUCGAAAAUUUUUGGAUCAGAUGUCCCAUCAAAUGAUACAGAUGCAUUGUACCGAGUACGGUAGAAGAGAGUGCGGGUUAAUAUCCUCAUCGCAUAAAAUAGAGACAUCUUUCGUAUCGCUCAGCUUGGCACUUUUGAUAGUCUAUCUGACGCGGUAGAGGGCCAAACGUAACCUCAAACCAAACGAAUUCCGAAACCAGAAUCUCUAGAAUAUUAAAUUAAUUUAUUAUUAUUAUAUAAACAUACAGCAUUUAACAAAAAAAAUCAUGGUUGAAGAAUAGAACCGCCUCUCUAAAUCAUCUGUGUUCAUUAAUUUUAGUGGGUUUUUUCGAAUUUGAAUGUUAAUUUACUUAACUUUCAACUUCGAGGAAAGCCCGGCUUAAGCGGGAGAAAUUAAACCUAGGUUAGGUUUAUAGACUAAAAAAGACUGAUAGAUAUACAGUUAAUUUUUCCCGCUUGUUUUUCGAAAUUGGUGUGAUUAUUAGUGUAAUAUAUGUACAUAAAAUUAUUUUCGGGACGUCAAGUUUUUGUUUUAAAUGUUUAAAAAAAUCGUUACACUAUUACACAUUUACACAAUUUUUAAUAGUAGAAGUGCUAGGGGUAAAGUUAGACAUCAUCUAGUCCGUAUUUUGUAUAUUUGUGAUGCACCCUAUAUAGGAGAACAUGUUCAAUAAUUAUAAUGAAUCUCCAUCAACAAUUUUUUUAAGUCUGUCACCAAAUAUUCAUAAGCCAUCCUAAGUUCCUAAAUCUAACAAAAACAACCGGGCAAAUAUUCACUAACAACAAAUAUUUAUUAUGUUGAUUAUUUUUAGUAUCAUUUCAUUUAUACACUUCUAUCCAGGGCCACUAAAAGGGGUGCAACAUGGGGCAGGUCCCCAUUUUACCCCCCCUUUUAUAAACCCCCCGUCCAUCAUUCAAAAUCGGUAGCAUAGGGAACCCUAAAAGACAUUGUAUUUAUAAAAAAAAGUAUUAUAAAUAUCCCAAAAAACAAAUAAUGUAAUUUAAAUUAAUUGUUAGAUCAAUAAAUGGUAUUUCAAGAAAA